UCGACAGUAACAUGGCGAGAGCCGUUCUGUUUCUCACUCUGAUCCGGAUCCAGUACAGGCAUCUAUAACUGAGGGCAUUUAUAUAACCGGCCGGGGAAAGCACACACAUAAUCAGAAUCCAAGGAAGCUGUUUCCCAGUGUCCUCCAUGAAUGUAUGUCACAAUGAUGAUGACAGACCAGAUCCCCUUGGAGCUCCCUCCUUUGCUGAAUGGAGAUGUCCCCAUGAUCCCACACCUGGUCAAUGGGGAUGGGUCGCAACAGGUUAUCCUGGUUCAGGUUAACCCUGGAGAAACCUUCACCAUAAGAGCAGAAGAUGGUUCCCUGCAAUGCAUCCAAGGUCCAGCUGAGGUGCCCAUGAUGUCCCCCAAUGGAUCCAUUCCCCCCAUUCACGUCCCACCAGGUUACAUCUCACAGGUGAUCGAAGACAGCACUGGGGUGCGCAGGGUGGUGGUGACGCCGCAGUCGCCGGAGUGCUUUCCACCGAGUUACCCCUCAGCCAUGUCUCCCAGCCACCACCUGCCUCCGUACAUCACGCACCACCCUCACCUCAUCCCUCACUCGCACGCGGCGUACUACCCCCCCGUCACCGGCCCCGGAGACAUCCCCCCUCCCUUCUACCAGCACCACCUGCCGCCUACAAUAUACGGGGAGCAAGAGUUCAUCCCGCUGUAUGGGAUGUCCAGUUACAUCACCAGGGAGGACCAGUACAGCAAACACGACCGGCUUCACAAGAAGCUGAAGACCGACCGGCAGAACCGGCUCAACAGCCCGCCCACCGCCGUCUACAAGAGCCACAUGAGCUCCUGCACGGCGAUAUACAACGGCUAUGGCAAGGCGCCGUGUGUGGCCGGUGUGGGAGGGGGUGGCGGAGGAGGGACCAGCCUCAAGAAACCCGAGCGGAGAGCCAGGAGCAGCCCCAAGAUGAACGAGCAGGAAAUCCAAGAUUAUGAUUCGGAAACAAAGAGAGUUCAAGACAUGCUUUCUGGGAUGGGCAAACCACAGGUGUCCAACGUACAGGCGCGGGCAGCACUACUGACCUGGGCACCACCCGUGGGCCUGGUGAACGGAGACAAGCACACGAAUGGCCUCCCUUCCACAUGCAACUACGAGGUGGCAUCAUCAGACAAGGGAAAGGACGGCAAAUACAAGAUUAUUUACAGUGGCGAAGAUUUAGAAUGCAGCCUCACUGACCUACGGCCCACCACAGACUACCACAUCAGAGUUUCCACCAUCUACAACUCGGUCAAAGGUUCGUAUUCGGAGCCAGUCAGCUUCACAACACAGAGCUGUGCCCCCGAUACCCCGUUCCCACCGAAGGUCUCGCAACGGACCAAAAGCACUCUGACCAUCCAGUGGAAGGCACCUCUUGACAAUGGAUCAAAAAUAACCAGCUACCUUCUGGAGUGGGAUGAGGGGAAACGGAACAACGGAUUCAGGGAAUGUUACUUGGGAAGCCAGCGACAGUGCAAACUCACCAAGCUCCUCCCGGCCAUUGGCUACACCUUUCGAGUGGCGGCAUGCAACGAUAUCGGCACCAGUGGUUUCAGCCAGGAGGUGGUGUGCUACACGGCAGGAAACCUCCCGCAGACGCCGCCCGCUCCCCGCCUUGUGCGCGCGGGUGUCACCUGGGUGACGUUGGAGUGGAGCCGACCCGACGGCUCACUGCCGGAGGAACACAUCACCUACGUGCUGGAGAUGGAGGGCAAGAGCACGGCGUCUGGCUUCCAGUCGAAGUAUACGGGGGAGGAGCUGACCAGCACGGUGAAGUCGCUGACCAGGAACACACAGUACAAGUUCAGGCUGAUAGCUUCAAACUCGGAAGGCAAGAGCAGCCCCAGCGAAGUCCUCGUCUGCAUCACCAACCCUGACCAGCCAGGACCACCCUCCACACCCUACCUAAUCGGACCGGCCACCUCUCACAGCCUUCACCUCAAGUGGGACUCCCCACAAGACAACGGGGGAUCAGAAAUUCUCAAGUACCUGCUGGAGAUUUCGGAGGGCAGCUCAGAGGGGAGCCAGUGGGAGGUGGUCUACAGUGGAUCGUCCAAUGAGAACGUCUGCGAGGAGCUGAAGCCGGGCACGUUGUAUCGGUUCAGAGCCUGUUGCAUCAGCACCGGGGGUCACAGUCAGUGCUCCGACAGUCUGUCCGUCCGCACACUGAGUAUGGCACCCGGACUCUGCCAACCAGCUAGGCUCAUCGGGAAAGCCAAGCACAAGGAGCUUCAGAUCGAGUGGGGGCCCCCACCAGGCGAGGAAUCACUGGUGACAGAGUACAGUGUGGAGAUGAGUGGGGAAGAGCUGGAAGCCUCCGAGGUUUACCGUGGCCCUGGGCUGCUCUGUUCUGUCAGCAGCCUCCUGCCCGGGACCAGCUACCGCUUCAGGGUGCGGGCUCUCAGUGAAGCAGGGUAUGGACCAUACUCGGAAGUGACAGAACUCACCACGGCAGAGGGUCCACCGGUACAGUGUAAAGCGCCAGUCCUUUCUUGCACAUCAGUCACCAGCGUACUUGUGAGCUGGGAGAACCCGGAGAAUUACGGACCCGAUGUCUCAGAGUACAGGCUGGAAUGGGGAGUGACAGAGGACUCGAUGGAGCUUGUUUACUGUGGGAUGGAGAUGGCUUUCGAGAUCGACAACCUCGCGCCAGCUGCACGGUACUGCUGCCGGCUGCAGGCCACUAAUCAGGCUGGCUCAGGAGCCUACAGCAGCCUGGUCACCUACACCACGCCUGCCUCGGUCCCUGGUGUUGUGUCCAACGUCUACGUCCUGGAUGACCAACAUUUGGACCCCAGCCUCACCUCCACCUGCCUCGCCCUCAAGUGGGACGAGCCGCCCAGCAAUGGCUCUGAGAUCCUCUCGUACAACAUCGACCUCGGGGAGAGCCAGCUCACUGUGGACAACAUCACAGCCUACGUUAUUCGCCACCUCCUGCCGGACACUUCCUACAGGAUUAAGAUCCAGGCGGUGAACGGGAUGGGGGCCGGGCCCUUCAGCCAGACAGUGAAAGCCAGGACGCAGCCCCUGCCCCCCGCGCCCCCUCGCCUCGAGUGCACCGCCUCGGGGCCGCAGAGCCUCAGGCUGAGGUGGGGGGAGGGCGGCAGCGCCAAGGCUGUGCUGAGCACGGAGGCGGACACCAUCUACACCCUGCAGAUGGCUGAGCGGAGUGGGAGGUUUGUCCCAAUCUACAGAGGACCGAGCCACACCUACAAGGUGCAGAAGCUGAUGGAAUCCACCAGUUACAGUUUCCGAAUCCAGGCAGUGAGUGAGGCCGGCGAGGGACCCUUCUCGGAGGUGUACCUCUUCAGCACCACCAAAUCACUGCCCCCUGCUGUCAAAGCCCCGCGCAUCACUCAGCUGGAAGGAAGCACGUGCGAGGUCUCGUGGGAAGGAAUCCCGCCAAUGAGAGGUGACCCCAUCGGUUACAUCCUCCAGGUCACAGUCGGAAGGGAGCUGGACUACAAACAGGUGUACAAGGGGGAGGACACAACUUUCCAGAUCUCAGGCCUCCAGACCAACACGGACUACCGGUUCCGGGUCUGCUGCUGCCGCCACUGCCGAGACCUGUCGCAGGAGCUGACCGGACCAUUCAGCCCCUCCGCCAUCUUCACACUGCGGCGGAAGGAGCCCUCCCCGGCCGGUGAACUGCGAACUGUAGAAGCAGCCCAAGUGCGCAGCGUGAUGGCCAGCGACGAGCAGUUUGCCGCCCUCAUCCUUGCCGGAUUUGCUAGUUUAUCCAUUUUCAUCGCUUUUAUUUUACAGUACUUCAUCGUGAAGUGACAAAGGAGGAAGCAAGGAAAGUCACACUCAUAAUUCUUGAGGUAUAAACUUAGCUGCAUACUAGUGCCAGCAGAGCUCAUUUGACUAUUCCUUUGUUGACUUGCUAUUAAUCAUUCUUUUAUUUUUAAUUUUGAUAUUGAUUUCUUUUUUUUUUAAUUUCCUCUCUCGUUCACCUCCCAGUCAAGCUGCCAAAGUUCCUCUCUCAGCAGUUCUCCAGGGUGGGUUGAGGAUGAGCAAACCACACUGGCUCCUCGAGGCACCUUCUCGGGCAGGGACCCAGUGGUUGCCCCCCCGCCCUCCGUCACCCGGUGCUCUCCCCCGAAAGGGGGGGGAGCGGCGUCUGCGAGCAGGCUGGAACCAGCCAAUCCUGUGGCCUCUGCUCGCGAGCCGUUUGCAUUUUUUAUACAUAUAUAUAGAUAUAUAAAUAUAUAUUUUUAAGUAAAAUUUUCACACUGGGGGUAGGUCAAGGCAGGAGAGGGCAAGCCUUAAAUCCUUCCGCGCUGGAUGGGAGGGUUGGAGCCCAUUUAUGAGACACUCAGAGAGUGUGGGAAGCACUGUUGUCGGUGGUGGGACGGAGGGGGCUUUGACCCACCCGUCUCUCCUGGGGACUCUGGGCACACUGUCGCCACUUGAAUUCCACGGCAUUGUGGGGGGCGGGGGGAGCCUUAUUACUGUAAUGGCGCCAGGCCGGGCUUCCUGUUCGCCAGCGGCAGAGGUGAGCGGUGCUCUGGGUGUUUGGUUGCUUGGAGGCGGAAUGGGGGUGGGAGUGGACUGAGGGGGAGGUGGACGAGUUGUGUGGUGUGGACCCACCCUAUCUCUCACGCACCUUGCCACCUGAAGCCCAAUGAGAGUCUCAAUCCAUGGGUGGGGGGAGAGCUUUGCCAUUAAGGUCCAAGCUGCCAUUUGCCGCCUCAGUUUAAGUGCCUCAUUGUCUAACCAGGUGCCCGGUCCUGUCCCGCGUACAGCCCUCCACCUCCUCCACAAGCUCUCCACUGCUCGCAAUGAUCACCAACCCCUCCCCUCAGAGAUCCAGCUGCCCACUGCCAGGUUUCAACACUGCCAUUAAACGGGGGUGGGGGGUGGGGUGGACAGGGAGGAGGGGAGCUCCCCCACUGCCAGCCAGCCCCCCUCCCCACUGCCAGCCAUCCUCCCUCCCCUCCCGUUCUGUGCUCCUCUUGUCCCCCCUUCGCGGGCUGCCACCUUCACCCUUGCACGUUACUCCAGCGGUACGAUCCGCAGGGACUCGACGCCCAGUCGACGUUGGGGAGGCUGGGACGGGUACGAGGUGCUGCGGUCAACCUCGGUAGCUCUGGGAUCCUCAGGCAAAGUGAGCAAUGGUGUGUGGAGGUUGGGGUAGGAAGGAUGUCCAUCCCUGGAUCCCAUUACCCAAGAUAUUAGAUGAGGGUAAGUCGUACACCCCGUGACUCUCCUUAUUGAACAGCACGACACUGAACCCUCUUGUCUCAUGCACAGCAAAUUGGAGCUUGGGUGAGGACGUCAAUGGUACUUGGGUGAAGUAUUUUUACGGAUCAGCAGGGAGGGGUUGGGGAGCAGGGAACCUCAAAGAGAAACAGCCUUGUGUCUUUGAGAGUUACUCUGACCCCUGACUCAGAUCUCCAGCUAGUCCGUUGUUGUACGAGCCAAAGCACGACUGGGCUUGUAAAGCAGCAACGUCCGCCCUUUGGUUUCGGUUUUUGAGUGGCAUCGAAGGAAUCAGCGCAGAUGCCCUGUUUUGGAAUUGGGCAGCAAGGAGCUAUCCCAGCAUGCAUUUAGCUGGCAUUGGCCCCUGAUUGAUGGAAGAACAUCAAUCCUUUGAUGGUGCGGACCUGCCUUUGGAUGUGUUUUAUCACCAGUAAAGGCUACCGGUCGUGCAGUCCCGUGAGAGAGCAGACUGAAAGGAUAUCAUUGUUUGCACUUUAUCUUGUUUCUGCUUUGUCUGCUCCAGACCCGGCCUUAGAAACUGAAGGGGAAGGGGGAAUUCUCCUGGAUCUCUUCAGAACAGUUGGGUGGGAUCUUCCCUGUCUUCCUGAGGUGGGUGGGAGGGACAGGGAGACAGAUCCUCAGUUUAAAUUCAGGACCUCAAGUACGGUGCUCCCACAGUACUGCACUGGGGAUAACAACCACGAUUAUUGUUCUCAUGUCUCUGAAGCGGGACUCGAACCCUCGAACUACCGAAGAACUGAUCUUCAAGCCCACUGAGCAACAGCCAACAAGUGUGCACUCCAACUCCAGAACAAGGUCCUAAAAUACUCAGCACCCACACAGCACAGCAAAUUCCCAUAGAAUCAUGCGCAAAAACAGGCCUUUUGGCCCACCGAGUCCAUACUGACCAUUGAUGGCCAACGCUUCCCUGAGAAGUGGGGCUUGUGGUAGGAAGGAGGUUGGACACCAGCUUAGACUUUGGCUUUGGAGAGCUUGGUUCAGCACACCUUAAAGUUUUUGUAUUCACCCAUUGUUUUGGGAUGUGAGCAUCAGUGACAUCACCUAUUGGUCAUCCCUAUGGGCCAAUGUUGACCAGCCAUAAGGUCCAACUUUUAGUGAAUCUCAGUCUACUUCCUACAGAGUUGGGAGCUAAUUAUCUCAUCCAGAGUGGUCACAAGAAGAUGAAUACUUAUUGGCAAGUAAGACCGCCCAGAACGCUCUCUGAAAGAGAACCCGACUGGUCCCUGUCUUAUCUCCGUCACUGUGUGUGGGACUGUGCUUUAAACCCUUCUCUCCUCAACUUGUACCAUGAUCUGUCUCACAGGCAAUUGUAUCUCAGUCUCCUCACCAACCACCUUCACUCGGAUUGAUCCCAACACAGCAAGUCUUGAGAGUAACAAAGUCCCAGGGAGCAGCACAGUGGCACGGCCAUUAGUUCCUAGCCCGAUCCUGACUCCAGGUUCAGUCUGUGUGCAUGGAGUUUGCACAUUCUCCCUGUGGGUUUCUCCCGGGUGCUCUGGUUCCCUCCCACACCCCAAAGACGUGUGAGGCUGGUAGGUCAACUGACCACUGUACAUUGUCCCUAUCGGCAGAAAGAUUGAACGUGGAGUCGGUGGGCAUGUGAGAGAGAGAACAAGUGCCAGGGAUACUGGGAAAUAAGAGAAGGAAGGAGGCUGAUAGGAUUGCUCUGCUAGGAGCUAAGAUGGGCUGAAUAGACUCCUGUGUUGUAGUAGGAGGUUGUGAUCAGUCUGGGACAGAGUUAUGAACCCCCCAGCCCCACUUAUUUUGUACUGAACCUCAAUUUUUAUUUAUAAAUGUGAUGUGCUUUAUUCUGGUGCAUUGGAGGGAUGACAUGGAGGUUCGAAAGGUCUCAUAUCGAUCCAGUUUCUAUUCCCUUCUCUCUGACCCCAAGACUAUGCUUCCUCCAGAGCAUCAGAUCUGGAAUAACUGGCCGGGAACUUCUCCUGGAGCUGCUGCCUUUCCAGCCCCAGAAACCUUGGAACUUGACUUCCUUGUGAGAGUUAAACCCCUCAGGGAAGGGGUCUGGGGCUGGACUGACCUGCAAUGGACUCUUGCAAAGUUAAGUUGGGGGUGGGGGGAGUGAACUUUGUCUGAUCACAGACAAAGUUCAAGGAGGGGUUCAAACACCAGGUAUUAUAGUUCACCUCACCGGCACAGGUGUCAUUGUUAAAGGCCCAUCAGCCCAGUUCUAGAAGGCCAAUCGUGCCAGCUGAUUGUAGCUGAAGACCCACAUUCCCAGGAUCAUUGCUGCCCCCGUCCCAAACCAGAACAACGGCUGGCUUUUCCUCAACAUGACUUUCUCCCUCUUUCCUAUGUUAGUCCUCAGGCUCUUACUUUGUGUGUGUCCCUCUCUCUGAAUGUCCGACUCUCUCCCUAUUGGUUGACUGUCUCUUUCUAUUCGUCUAAUUGUUCUCUCCCCCUCUCUCCUCCCCUUCCCCCUCUACCCCUCCACUCUCUCAGCCCCCCCUCCCACACUCUCCCUCUCCCCCUCCUUCCUCUCUCCCCCUCCUCCCCAUGCCCCUCAUCAUCCUCCCCCUCCCCCUCCCACCUCUCACCCAUCUCUCCCUACCCUCUCUCCCUCUCCCCCCCACCCUCUCCCCCUCUCUCCCACUCCCUCCAUCUGUCUGACUAUCUUUUUCUCUCUCUAAAUGCAUGUCUCCCUCUCUACCUCCUCCUCUGCCUCUCUCUAAUCCAGUCCCCUUCACUGGACUCUUCUGAAGCUCCAUCCAUGUAAGUGGGACGGACUUGGGGAGGGGGGCACAAAGGGCCUGUAAACGUAUAAGUGAAUGGGUUCAGGGAACGUGGCAGCACUAGUCUUCACCAUCACUGUACCUACAAGGCCCUGGUUCUGUCAGUCACACACCGCCUACCCCAGUUACAGGCGUGAGGUUGUCAACAUGUCGGAACUACGGAGCCGGGCUGUGGGGGAACGAAGGGGUAGAGGUUGUGUGUUGAAAGCUUUGCAUCACAAACGUCAACCCAAAAGAGCAGGAAGAGGUGACCACCCACUCUGGAUGCAUUUUGAGAUAGUUUCAGGGGUGAAAACCAAAAAAAUCAGAGGAGAAGGCUGCUAGAUUCCAGCCCACACUCUGUAAGCUGCAUCUCCUCUCCCCCCUGGCCAAGCUCGAGACUGGGGAAAGGAUUCCAGCAUUUAGUUCAUUUCUUAUUUAUACUUUCUAUUGCAUUCAGUACUUUAAAUGAAAAAAGCCAAUUACAGUGCAAUCCUGUUAUUUAUUGCAAGUGUGCUUAUUUACUCAUGUAAGUUUUCUCUGGGUCACAUUGCUGUUUAUUUUGUUGUGUGUCUGUUUUCGAAUUGUUCCUAUUUUAGAAGUUCCUUGCCAUAGGUGUCUCUAGGUUCUAGUUACGUUACGCUUUGGAUCUCAAAUGCAGAGAGAUUUUAUUUUCUAUCUCAUGUUAGUGCACAUGUGCGUACGCACGUGUGUUUGUGUGUCCUUGUGUUUGUGUGUGCGUGCGUGCGUGCAAAGAUCACCAAAAGCAUUAAUCGUGAAUGAAAUGUUUACACAUAGCCAGGCUAGUAACUUUUUUUUUGCAUGUGUUUUGGGGGAGUGGGAAAAGUUUUAUCCCCAUCAAACUGCGAAGAUCAUCGAUGUGCCUGCACAUCCAGAUGUAUCUGCAGGUCACAGCCAUGGAGGGGUUGGGGGAAACGGGGCACAAACCCUGGUGUUCAUGACCUGAGGUUAUGCCUCUCCUCUUAAUGUGAUUUUCCUCUCCCCCAAAUCGUCAUAGGUGGUUCUGCCCUUCAGACUAUCAGUUGAUGUAGCAAAAUAUUAGACCUGAUUUAUAGUUAAUUUCUUGCUGUCUUUUCCAUUAUUUACGGGCUCAGCUUGGUAAAACAGUCAUGACAAAUAGUUACAUUUCAGCAAUUUUUUUUUGAAUUAAGGAUAAUCCUCUAUUACCAAAGCAUCAGGCUUGUCCGCUUUAACCUUUUUUUUAAUUUAAAUUGUUAUUUGUGUUUUGUGAAACUUGCUUUUAAUAGUGUUUGAGGUCCUUCAUAUACAUGGCAUUCAUAGUCUUCAAAUGAACAUAAAGUGUCGUCGUUAUAGAAAAAAAUGGACUCUUUUAGAACCUCGUUCCUGCGUUCCAUCAAAGCUUGCUUCCAUCAAACGCCAUAAGCACUCAACACUACAAUUCUGUCUCAUUUUCCAUUCCUACUCAGCCUGAAUCGGUUUGAUUCUUGAGAUUAUGCUGUGGGAUUCUGGUAAAUAAGGUGUUAACACACAUUGCCUGAAAUUCCUGCCGUCUCCCUAUCGGUUAACACAGCCGAUAGAAUGGCGAGGAGAAAUCUUUCAGACAGAUUUUAUUUUGUUCAAAUAAUAACUUGUUCUUGGGAUGCUGUGAGAGUCUCACUUGUUGACUGCCCAGCAUUAAAGUCGUCACUCCUGGCAUCACACAGCAUGAUUACUCAGACGUCACACCGUCUCUCCGCCCCUUCCCUGCCCCUGCCCCUGCAUCAAUGAGCAGCGCUGCUGCUUUGCGAUUCCAACUCUUCUUCCCCUACAGCAAUGCAGCUCCUCGAAAAAUAAUCCUGACAAGUUAAAUGCCUCUCUUUUACCUCAAGUGUUGAACAUACAUUCCAAACUUUUCAUUAAAAUGGUAAAUAGAAAUGAAAUCAUAAGCAUUUGUAUUGUAAAUUUUAGAUUAUUUCAUAAGCAUUAUAUAAAACUGUCGUAUCAAUUUUAAUGUAUAGAUUUUGCAAAUACUACCCGAUGUAUGUAAGACUAAACCUAUCUGUAGCGUAUAUAUGUAAUAUAUUUAUGCCCAAAUAAAUGUUUUA